ACUGGUGUCUGCUGCUCCUCUGGUUCCCUCAGAGCUCCUCCAGAUUGGUAGAGAAGGCCAUCUGCUCCUGUGGUUUAUCAGGAUUUUAUGUUCUGAGCUCCGGGCCAACUGUGGACACACUCGUAUGGCCCUCGACCCAAAUAACACGUCUGCAGAGCGGCUUAGCACAACAUGAGCGCGGCACAACAGAACCACUUCUCCCCCUGAACAGCAUUGAUUACACUGAGCUCAUGGAGUCCGUGGUGAAAGUGAAGAAGUGCUUUCAGAAGCCCAUGAGGAAGCUGACGAGCUGCGUGCUGAGGCAGGAGGAAAAGAGGCUCUGCUCUGGACACAGGGCAACAAGAGGUAGAGGGUCCGGCACCAGGAGGAGGAGGAAGGACCCUCUGAGACAGACCCCCCCUCGCUCCUACCAGGCCGACCUCGACAAGGAGAGGAAGCUGAGGGAAGCGAUGAAUGCUCAGAAGAACGCAGAGAGAGCUGCCAUGAGAGCGCACUUCAGGAGGAAAUACCAACUGUCUGAGGACCCUCAGGACCGGUACCACCUGCGCUCUGUCGGGGGGAAAGUGGCGCUGCCUCGUGAGCUGUCCAAGAUCAUUUGUCCUGAAGCUCAGACCAAGGACGAACGUUUCGACCUGCUCAGCGCCUUCCAAGGACUCAGCCUCAGCCCAGUGAUCGGAGCCAGCGGCCCGAGUGCAGACGGCUGCAGAGUCAUGUGACCUGAGUCUGCAGAGUCAUGUGACCUCAUCAUUUAAGUCUACAGAGUCAUGUGACCUCAUCUGUAG